CAGGUUUUGGAGGCUGAAUUAAAUAGGCACAAAAAAGGUAAGGUAAAGAGAGCACUGUGCUUCAUUCAAAUGGGAUCUAUACAAACCACAACAUGGUUUACAGGAACCUUCCAAGAAUAUUUCUGCAGCGAAGCCUCUGCAAUAACUGCACCUUAGGUAGUUUCAAGCCAGCUGAGAUGUAUCAAUCCCAGUUUUAUACAUCUACCUCAUCUGGACUACAGAGAGAAAGAGUUUCCAUUGGUGGUGUGAAAGCACUGAUCUGCAUUCAGAGCUCUGCUGCCCAUCUGGUAGAGAAAGGAAUGAAGACAAAUUGUCUAGAACAUUCAUCUAAUCAUUACCUGACAAACGUGGAGGUUUUUUACAGCUGGCCUGAGAAAUCAUGUUACCUUACUCAUCCCACAUCCUCAUAGCACUGGCUGCUUUGUUAGUGACUUGCCAGGCAUUGAGUAAAUGCCCAGGAAUUUCUGGGCCACCUGGUAUGCCUGGAAGGGGUGGUCUGAAAGGUCUGCCUGAUUCUCUGGCCAGCAAACGCCAUGAUGCUUUAGCAAACUUGAAACACCGACUUUUCCAACUUGAGGCUGUGCUUGCUUUGAAUGGGAAAAUAAGAAAAGUAGGAGAGAAAAUACUUGCUAGCAACGGGAAGAGAGCUGACUUUGCAUCUGCACUACAAUCCUGUGAAGAGGUUGGAGGAACUCUUGCAGCUCCCAAGAAUGAGGAGGAGAAUAAAGCUGUUAUGGACAUUGUGAAACAGCAUAACCAAUAUGCUUACUUGGGCAUUAGAAAGGGGGAGACCUCAGGUCAGGUGAAGUAUAUAAAUGGCAUGCCUCUGAGUUACAGCAACUGGCACCAGCAUGAGCCUAAUGGCAAAGAGAAAGAGAAAUGUGUGGAGAUGUACACUGAUGGCACCUGGAAUGACAAAAAAUGCAAUAUGUACCGGCUCACAAUCUGUGAAUUUUAAAGAAUGGCCUUCCAGCCACCUCAGAGUGUGGAGAUAAUGAAGUAUCUGUGUUUCAGGUUGAUUAAAUUCUUGCAAUUUCUCUGGAUCCUAAAAUAUAAGAUGAAUCAUAUUGUGAUAUUUUUUAGCCUUAGGAAAAUGCCAAAUGUACUAGGUGAUUAACAUGAUUAAAAUGUGCCUGAACUGA